GGAUCUGAGUGGGGGCAAUAGUAAUGACAGUUCUGGGGGACCCGCACCUGGCACACCAAAUUCGCAGGGCAUGAGGCCGACUCCAUCUCCUACAGGAUCUACAGGUUCUCGAUCCAUGUCACCAGCAGUAGGCCAAAACAUUCCCAUGCCGCCGAGGCCGUCCAGCGGCCAGUCCGACGGCAACGGCCCCGGCCGCCUCAGCCACUCGCCCAUGGUCGCCCAGGGCGGCUACCCCGCCCCGCAUCCCGCCCACGGCUACAAGCCGCACCCGAGCCUAGGCGCGGGCGGUGCGGGCGGGCCGGCCGGGCAGCAGCUGCCGCUCUACCAGCCCGGCCAGUACGCGCCGCGGCCGCCCCCCUCCGGCGUCCAGUAUCUCGGCCAGUACGGACCGCAGGCGCCGCCGCAGGCUCCGCCGCCGCAGCAGUUCGCCAGAGGCGGGGCGGCCAAUCAUAUGCAGAACUCGCAGUUCCCGCCCUACCAGCAGGGAUGGCAGCCCGCGAUGGCCGGCGCAGGCGCGAAAGGCAACGGCCCGAAUCCGCCCGCGCAGUCGCAGUCGCCGCGGCCGCCGCACUACCUCAAGCACCACCUGCAGCACAAGAUGGGGCCGCAGCCGCCCAGUCCGGGCCCGCCGCAGGCCUACCACAUGGGCCCGCCGCACCACUCGGGCAUGGGUCCGCCCUCGAUGGGACCGCCGUCGAGCAGCGCUCACCUGCCGAACAGCCAUCCUGGCCCCAACCCGGGUCACGACGGCGGGCCGAUGCCUCCGCCGAGCAGCACCCCCAACUCGCACGCUACCGGCGCCGACAUGAUGGACAACGGGAUCACGACGACGGCAGCCGGCCCGGCGAUGGGGACGCUCGUGACGGCGGCGGCGGCGGCGCAGGGGUCGGUCACCUCGGUGGUGACCACGGGGCCGGACGGGGCGCCCAUCGACGAGGGGUCGCAGCAGUCGACGCUGUCGAACGCCUCGGCGGCUUCAGGCGGCGAAGACCCUCAAUGCACUACCCCGAAGGCGUCUCGCAAGAACGACAUGGGCCACUACGGGCACCCGACGACUCCCCAAGGGGCAGGGCAGUCGCCCGGGGCGGCCGGCAUGAAUUCCAUGCACGACGAAUACGGAGACCUGGGCAGCCCCAGCUGGCAGCGCACCCCAGCUAGCCCGGUGACGAAGAACAAAACGUGGAAAGACAUAGCCGGCAUGCUCGGCAUCGGCGCAUCGUCCUCCGCCGCGUACACGCUGCGCAAGCACUACACGAAGAACCUGCUGGCAUACGAGUGCCAGUUCGACCGUGGCGGCAUCGACCCGCAGCCGAUCAUCAACCAGGUGGAGGCGUCGUCGAAGAAGAAGAGUGCCAAGGCGACGUCGGUGCCGUCGCCGGGGUCGUCGAACUCGCAGGACUCGUUCCCUGCGGGAGCGGCUGGCGGGGCGGGCUCGAUGGACGGGUACGGCGGGUACGCGGGCUACGCGCCGCCCGCCGGCAGUCAGGAGUACCAGGGGCAGCAGCAGCAGCGGUCGGGCGGGCAGGCGGGUGCCUCGCCGCACGGGGGUUCCGGCACGAACCACCUGAACAGCUCGGCGCCAGGGGGCCCCAGCCCCGCUGGCGGGGCUGGCGAUAACGUGAGCGUCUCGAACCCGUUCGACGACGUGUCGCCGAGCCCGCCCGCCCCCAGGGGGGGACCCUAUCCGGGCGGGCCGCACGCUCCCUAUCCGGCCGCAGGCGGGCCGCCCAGGCCGCCGGGACAGAGUUACGCGGGCCAGCCCGGGUACCAGUACCCGGGUCCGGGACCCGGUUCGGCCGCGCCGCCCGAUCAGUAUUCGCCAUACCCGAGCAGUUCAGGUUAUCCUCCAGCCGUCAGACCAGUGUACCCUCCAUACUCGGGCGACUCCUCUGCCCCGCCGGCGAGUCCCAACAACUCGCAGGGGCCCCCGGCGGCCGGGGCGCAGGACCCCUACAGAUACAACGCCAAUCCGGGCUCCAGCUACAGCCCCAGGCCCGCGUACGGGCAAGCCCCGAGCAACAGCGGGCCGCCAGCGUCUCAGCCGGCCGGUCCUGGGAAUUAUCCUCCGCAUCCCGAUUACUAUCGUCCAGAUCAGGGGCAGCAGGGCACAGGUAGUGGAACAGGCUAUCAGGGAGGACCCAACGCAAACAAGAACAUGCCUCCCCCAGGUCCGCAACCACCUAGGAGGCAUCCAGACUUUGCCAAAGACCAGCAAUACCCGUACAACCAACCACGUGCACCCAUGUACGGUGGUUGGCCAAACAACAACCAGUACCGACCCCCUCAGUACGGAGGCACGCCCGGAGCUCCUCAGGUCACGCCCCAGCAGUGGAAUCAGAGCGGAAGGCCCGCCGGCCCUUGGCCUGCUAAUCAAGGCUAUCAGCAACCACCGGCAGGGCAACCGCCUUGGCCGGGAAUCGCCCAACCGGCUGCCCAGAACGCGAACAUGAGACCGGUGCACAGACCGGGCAAACCGUUCCCCAACAUGAUGCCUCCGGGCGGGGCUAAAGGCAACCAGGCGCAGCCUACCUCGGGCAGCUCGUACAGCCACAGCCAGAUGACCAAGAGAGAGAUCACGUUCCCUCCCGAUAGCGUGGAGGCGACAGUGCCUGUGCUGUAUCGGAGGAAGAGGCUGUGCAAGGCCGAUGUGGGGCAGGUGGAUGCUUGGCGUAUCAUCAUGUGUUUGCGCUCGGGGCUGUUGUCCGAGAGCACUUACGCCCUCGACAUGCUCAACGUGCUGCUUUUCGACGAUUCGUCGGUCGGAUAUUUCGGGUUGAGCCAGUGGCCGGGUCUCAUGGACCUGCUGAUCGAGCAUUUCAAGCGCAGCCUUUCGGAUAUGUUCGACGGGCCGUACCCGCGAGAAGAACCGACGGAUGGUCACGAAAUCGAUCUGGGUGGGGUGGUGACGCCAGUCGAUCCCGAUCUGAAAACGGUCGUGCUCAACAACACUCCCAACUACUCGAUGGUAUCCAGGAAGGGGCACCCGGUGAAGCUUAUAGACAAACCGGAGGACAUUUUCAUACAAGACAACGUGAAGGCUUGGGACACGAAAGGCGAUCCUAAUAUCAGGAACACGCUGGCGGAGAUAGCUACAGAUCCGUGGCACACGAACGCCGAAUAUAUCCUACCCUCUUUCCAAGCCGAGUUCCAGAGUAUACCCUUCCACAUGCGAUUGAAGGAGGAGAUCAAAAGCGAGGUGAAGGAGGAGGCGAUAGAGAAGAAGGAGGAGGCAGCAGCGAAUGAAAAAGAGGAAGAAGAGAUGGAGGUGGAGCCUAAAGUCAAGUCUCCUCCCCCGGACGAGGGACCACCUGCUAAGCCGUGUGACAAAAGACGUAGGUCCAAGACAUUAAGUGAUGUGAUAUCUCGAAUUAAGAAGGAUUCAGAGGCGAACGAGCUCACCGCGGCCGCGACGGAAGACGACGUAAAGACUGAGGUAGUGAGUGAGAAAGCGGACUUUGAGGAGGCGAGUUUAGAUCUGAAAAUUAGUGUGAACGGCGAGUGCGCCGACAGAACGGAGACUGUAAAGGAUCCCUCGGGGUCCUUGAAGAGACGGAGGAUCUCCGAUUACGAGGACGAGGCUUAUACUAGAGACGAGGCCAGCUUGGUGCUGCUCACUGAGAGCCAGGAUAACAUCGGCAAACGGUGCGUGUGCUUGUCGAACAUUCUUAGAAGCCUUACGUUCAUUCCUGGGAAUGAGAUCGAGUUUUCUAGAAGCGCCACAUUCUUGGCGCUGAUCGGGAAGCUGUUGCUGCUCCAUCACGAACAUCCGCCUCGUACACAGAAGACGAGGAAUUACGACCGGGAGGAGGACGCGGACUUUGCGGACUCGUGCAGCAGCCUGCAAGGGGAGAGCGAAUGGUGGUGGGAGUUCCUCGUCCAGAUACGCGAGAACAUCCUCGUCUCGCUGUCGAACAUAGCCGGGCAAGUGGACGUGUCGCUAUUCGGCGAAGAGGUGGCCAGGCCGAUGCUGGACGGGCUUCUCCACUGGGCCAUCUGCCCGUCGGCUGCCGGUCAGGACCCCUUCGCCUCGGUGGGCCCCACGUCGUUGCUCUCGCCCCAAAGGCUGGCCCUCGAGGCGCUGUGCAAGUUGUGCGUGACCAACAGCAACGUCGACCUGGUGAUAGCCACGCCGCCGUUCUCCCGACUGGAGAGGCUUUGCGCGGUGCUCACCAAGCACCUAUGUCGGUCCGAGGACCAGGUGCUCAGAGAGUUCUCGAUCAACCUCCUACACUACCUGGCGGCGGCAGACAGCAGCAUGGCGCGCGUGGUGGCCGCGCAGACGCCGUGCGUGUCGCUACUGGUCGCCUUCAUCGAGCAAGCGGAACAAAGUGCGAUGGGCGUGGCCAACCAGCACGGCAUCGGUGCGCUGCGGGAGAACCCCGACUCGAUGGGGACCAGCUUGGACAUGCUGAGGAGGGCCGCCGCGACUCUGGUGUUUCUGGCCCGGCAUCCGGAGAACAGGGCUCUGUUGGUGCAGCAGGAGGCCAGGUUGCUGGCGCUGGUGAUGAGCCAGAUUCUGGAUCAGCAGGUGGCGCUGCUGCUGUCGAAAGUGUUGUUCCAGAUAUCGCGCAGCUAAUCCGCAGUGGUCAGGUUGAAACGAUGCGGCCUUGCUGGUGUAUAGAUAGACAGACCUGAACCGUGUGUAGCGCGAUUCCCCCUGACUUUUACCACAAUGACAGUGUAUGUGUGUGUGCGCGUGCUUGUGUGGAUGAGAGUGAUGUGAUGAGAUUCAAUAUCGAGACUAGGUGA